AUGGAGUCGGAAAAAGCUGUCCUAGAGUCCAAGGAGCCCGUUGUCUUGACUCCUUCCCAGGAGCAGAUAGAGACUGAUGAAGAUGCUGGAAAGCGCGCGCCCCCGCUUUGGGCCAAGUUAUUCGCUGUGUUUCUUAUCUCUUGCAUCAGUUUUGGAUCUCGUUGGAGCUCCGGAGUGACAGGCGCAAUGAAGAGUACCAUUAAGAAGCAAAUGCACAUAUCUAACACUCAGUUCUCUCUGCUAGAGGCUAGUGAGGACUUUAUGGCAACUUUGUUGCUGUUGGUUAGCGGGAUUAUCACGGAUCGUGUUGGAGGAGCUGGAAUGAUCGUAUACGGAAAUAUCGUCUAUACCAUCGGAUCGAUCCUCGUCGCGGCAGCAACAACCGUUCGAUCGUUCAAGUUCAUGAUCGGCGGUCGGAUAAUUCUUGCGUUCGGAGAUAUUGCAACACAGAUUGCUCAGUAUAAAAUGUUUUCGUCGUGGUUUCCCCCCAGCAAUGGGUUUGCGUCCACUUUGGGCUUUGAAUUGGCCAUCGGAAAGAUCGGUGGCUUUGUCGGAAAGUCGACGGCCAAUGUCAUUGCAAAGAACACCGGUAACUUCGCUUGGGUCUUCUGGACCUCCGUCUUUAUGAACGUGUUCACCAACGCUGCCACCUUCGUUUUCUGGGUAUUCAACCGCUAUUGUAACCAGCAUUACAAGGGCAGACAAGACGCAGCCACCAAAGAAACUUUGACGGAGAAGAACAAGAAGUUCGAACUCCAGAAAAUGUUCCAACUACCUUGGAUGUUUUGGUCCGUUCUGGGAUUCUCUUUGUUCCAGACCAGCACCGCCUCUGUGUUCACCCAAAACUCGACUGAGCUAGCUGAGAAGCGCUUCAACGUUGAUUCGAUCAAAGCGGGGUGGUAUAGCUCGUUGUCGCAGUACGCAGGGUUCUUCUUGGUUCCGUGCCUUGGUGUUUUUAUCGACGUCUUCGGAAACAGAGCGAGUGUUUUAUCCGUAUGCGGAAUCGGUAUGUUCCUGAGUAUGGUUCUGGUCAACUUUGCAGCCACCAAAUCUGGCACCGCCGCAUCGUUCGGAAUCUACGCCAUCGCCAUGUCUCUAGGACCGACUUCGGUCAUCGAUAGUAUUCGCACCACUCUCUGGCAUCAGUCUGUAUUUGGAUCCGCUUAUGCCCUUAAAGUGACGAUGAACAAUGCUAUGAGCAUCAUCAUCCGAAUCAUCACCGGUGCUCUGCAAGACGCCGAUAAUGACUCGUAUGACCGUGUCGUCCGGGUCUACCUCUUUCUAGCUGCGGGCUCCGUCGUCGUGGGCCUUGCCAUUCUGAUUGGUGCCAUAACGAGCAACAACCUGGCUCCAUUGCAGUGGACUAGAAAGCAACGUCUUACCAUUGGCCCCGAGAUGAUCGCUGCGAUUCGUGAGAACCAUCUAGUGACUCAUUAUACCCGCAGCAAGCGGAUCUCGGUCGCCUGUUUCACGUUUCUGUUGCUGCUCACCAUGGGAAGUUGGGUGGCGUAUAUUUGGGGAGCGGUGACAGGGAAUAAUUCAUAG